CUCCUGGCCUUAUCCAACCUCUCUCCUGGUCUCCCGUCCUCCUCACACCCAUCUCUUGGCAGGUGCUGUCCCUGGGUGCUGAUGUCCUCCCCGAGUACAAGCUGCAGGCACCACGCAUCCACCGAUGGACCAUCCUGCACUACAGCCCCUUCAAGGCCGUGUGGGACUGGCUCAUCCUUCUGCUGGUGAUCUACACAGCCGUGUUCACCCCUUACUCGGCCGCCUUCCUGCUCAACGAGGAGCAAGUGGAGGAGAAGCACUGGGACUGCAGCUAUUCCUGUGACCCACUCAACAUCAUUGACCUCAUCGUGGACAUCAUGUUCAUCGUGGACAUUGUCAUCAACUUCCGGACCACCUAUGUCAACAUCAACGACGAGGUGGUGAGCCACCCCGGCAAGAUCGCCAUCCACUACUUCAAGGGCUGGUUCCUCAUCGACAUGGUUGCUGCCAUCCCCUUUGACCUGCUCAUCUUCCGCUCCGGCUCUGAUGAGACCACCACCCUCAUUGGCCUCCUGAAGACCGCCCGGUUGCUGCGCCUGGUCCGCGUGGCCCGCAAGCUGGACCGGUACUCCGAGUACGGAGCAGCCGUGCUCUUCCUCCUCAUGUGCACCUUCGCCCUCAUCGCCCACUGGCUGGCCUGCAUCUGGUACUCCAUCGGCAACGUGGAGCGGCCCUACAUGGAGCACAAGAUCGGCUGGUUGGACAACCUGGGCGACCAGAUCGGCAAGCGCUACAACGACAGUGACCUCUCCUCCGGCCCAUCCAUCAAGGAUAAAUAUGUCACUGCUCUCUACUUCACCUUCAGCAGCCUCACCAGCGUGGGGUUUGGCAACGUCUCACCCAACACCAACUCCGAGAAGAUCUUCUCCAUCUGUGUUAUGCUCAUCGGCUCUCUGAUGUACGCCAGCAUCUUCGGCAAUGUCUCCGCUAUCAUCCAGCGCUUGUACUCGGGCACAGCCCGCUACCACACACAGAUGCUGCGGGUCAAGGAGUUCAUCCGCUUCCACCAGAUCCCCAACCCCCUGCGCCAGCGCCUGGAGGAGUAUUUCCAGCAUGCCUGGUCCUACACCAAUGGCAUCGACAUGAACGCGGUGCUGAAGGGCUUCCCUGACUGCCUGCAGGCAGACAUCUGCCUGCACCUCAACCGCACGCUGCUCCAGAACUGCAAAGCCUUCCGAGGAGCCAGCAAAGGCUGCCUGCGUGCCCUGGCCAUGAAGUUCAAGACAACUCAUGCACCGCCCGGAGACACCCUGGUGCACUACGGAGAUGUUCUCACCACGCUCUACUUCAUCUCCCGGGGCUCCAUCGAGAUCCUCCGGGAAGACAUUGUGGUGGCAAUCUUAGGGAAGAACGACAUUUUUGGAGAGCCCAUCAGCCUGUACGCCCGCCCAGGGAAGUCCAAUGCUGACGUGAGGGCUCUCACCUACUGCGACUUGCACAAGAUCCAGCGGGAGGAUCUGCUGGAGGUCCUGGACAUGUACCCAGCCUUCUCUGACAACUUCUGGAGCAACUUGGAGAUCACCUUCAACCUGCGAGAUGCAGACAGCGUUCCCCGCUCUCCGCUCAGCGAGGAGUACGACUGCACGUACCGGCGGGUGCGCCGGAGCAAGCACUCCCUGUGCCAGCCCAACAAGCCUGACCCUGACACGGGCAUCUCUGAUGCAGAGCAGUAUCACACCUACUCAGAACUCACCAACCCGCAGGACCCGCUGAGUAAGGACCAGUGGGACGACGUGGGCAGCAGCACCACCCCCUGCUCCCAGGCCAGCGACGACGAGGCCAAGACUGGCAGCCCUGCGGAGGCUGAGCCCUUCCCCACAUCCAAAAAGGAGGGGUUUGCGCUGCCCACACUCAGCCUCGUCACCACGGGCGCCGGCAGCACAGAGGUCGGCAAGCAGGCAGCGGAGAGCAGCCAGUCCUACGCAGCCACCCCCCUGGACAUCCCCAACAUGUUCUCCUUCUGGGAGGACCGAAGGCCGAACCACCACCCAGAGCCUUUGCAACACAUCUCCUUGGUACACAGCUCACAGGACAUGCCCCUGCACAGCGACUACAGACCAGGACAGAUUGAGUCCAGGCUGGAGCUCCUGCAAGCCCAGCUCAGCAGGCUGGAGUCCAGGAUGUCAUCAGACAUCAAUAUAAUCCUCCAGCUCCUGCAGCGCCAGCUGUCCCAAGUGCCACCCGCGUACAGCCCCAUCUCGCCGUCCUCCCACAGCCUGGCCAUGUACAGCAUCCUCCCGCGGAGCCUGGAGCCGCUCACGCCCGGAGCGCCCCCGGAGCACCAGGAGCCCACUGCCCCAGAGCAGAGCCCGAGCUACGCGGAGGUAGAAAAGUUCCACUUGAAAUCCAGGGACUCCUCAUCAAGCAGGAUGCACCUCACUGCGGCACCUGACAAAACCAUGGUGGUCUACCCCAAGCAGGAGCACCAGUCCUCACCUCUCCCAAACCCAGAGCCUCCCCACCAAAGGGCACCAAACACCCAGGGACUGUGUCGGGGCUCUCGUUUCCCUUCCCUCCCUGAGCACUUGGAGGCAUCUUCCGAGCACCAGGACAUUCAGAGACACCUCUCCGACCCAGUGCUUCCUGGAAGUUAG